CCCUGGUCCAACCUCCUGUCCAGAGAUAACUGCUUCGGGUCUUGCACGGCGCGGUGUUGUGUUUUUUCCCCUGGCGGACCUCCUCGGUCAGGACGCUGUGUAUAGUUCCACGGACCCAGUGCACUGAAGCCCUGGGAGACAGCCGUGGCACCAGCGGCAAGUAGUGCGUUACCAUCACUGGUGGACUGCACACAACUUUCCGGGAAGAUCGUUAUGGCUUUAAAGGCGCAGAAGUAAAGGUGAAGAAAGACCAAGGGGGAGAACAGCUGAUGGGCGCUCAGCAUAGCUGAUGCCAACUGAGCUUUGCUGUUUCAGUUUUCCUCAGUUUCUCCUGCUACUGCUCCUCCUCCUUGCUGGAGUUCCCUACACUAGGAACCGUGUGGAAACGGCUGUCCGUCUCCCAACCAAUUCACUGCAGCUUGAACCCUGAAUCCCGGUGGCGAUAGGUCGCCCUUCCAUUUCUAGGAACAUUAUGGCGAUGAAGGCAAUUGCUCACGGUACUACUGGGAUUCUACUUGUCACAGCCAAUGUCGGUUCCCUCUUCGAAGAUCCUGAACAGCUGCAGAAGAACUGGCUUCGAGAAUUUUAUCAGGUUAUACAUGCACAUAAACCUCACUUUAUUGCAUUACACUGUCAGGAGGUCGGGGGAAAGAGCUAUGAAGCAUCCAUGUCUCAUGUGGACAAGUUUGUUAAAGAACUGCUUUCGAGUGAUGAAAUGAGAGAGUAUAACAGAGCCAGGGUCUACUUGGAUGAAAACUAUAAAUCUCCUGAACAUUUUACGGCACUGGGAAAUUGUUAUUUUCUCCAUGAGAAUGUGAAAAAUAUCCAUCAGUUUGAUUUCAAAGCUAAGAAAUACAGAAAGAUUACAGGAAAAGAAAUUUAUUCUGAUACUUUAGAAAGCACACCUAUGUUGGAGAAAGAGAAAUUCCCAAAGGAGUACUUUCCUGAGUGUAAGUGGUCUAGAAAAGGCUUCAUCAGAACAAGAUGGUCCGUGGCGGAUUGUGCCUUUGACUUGGUAAACAUUCACCUGUUCCACGAUGCUUCUAAUUUAAUUGCUUUGGAAUCCAGUCCUUCCUCCUAUUCUGGAACACGACAGAAAGCCCUUACCUUUGUACUAGACAGAAUCACAGAUGAACGAUAUGAAAAGGUGCCGUACUUCUUGUUUGGAGAUUUUAACUUUCGAUUAGACGCAAAACAAGUAGUUGAGGCACUUUGUUCAACUGCAACAAUGCAGACAAUCCGUAUAGCAGACACAAAUGAGGUAGACAAAUUGAUAUUCCGAGAGUCAGAUAAUGAUCGUAAGGUUAUAUUGCGGCUAGAAAAGAAACUAUUUGAAUAUUUUAAUCAAGAUGUUUUUAGAGACAACAAUGGCACUGCGCUUUUACAGUUUGACAAGGAAUUCUCAGCAUUUAAAGACAGACUUUUUGAAUUGGAAAUUUCAUUUCCACCCAGUUACCCAUACAGUGAAGACAGUAAUCAAGGAAAACAGUACAUGAAUACCAGGUGUCCAGCAUGGUGUGACCGUAUAUUAUUAUCACACUCCGCAAAAGAAAUCAUUUUAAAGUCAGAAAAUGAUGACAAAUCUUUCACCUACACAUAUGACAACAUUGGAUCGAAUGUUUGCAUGGGAGAUCACAAGCCCGUCUUCCUUUCCUUUCGAAUAGCUGCUUGGGCAGGUAAACCUAAUGCAAAUAUGCACAAGUGUUGUGUCGUGCAGUGAUGUGUUGGUAAAUGUAUGGAAAAGAUGCCAACGCAGUGAGAAGAUGUCUCAUGAAAGUACCCACGAGAUGCAGCAUUGAAUACAAAGGGAUACGCUUCAUAGUGAAAAAAAGUGCAAUCCCUACAUCUGUAAUGAUGCAUCGAGUCCAUAGCACAACAUAUUUUUAGACUGCUGACUGUACACUAUGCUGGACUGUGUUAAGGAAAAGCCUCACGUACCUCACUGUCUUGUAACUUCCUGUGACAUUUAGUAGAAAUGUGGACAUUUUUUUAUGUCACAGUCUUGUUGCCAAAACUCUAAUAUAUGGCAGAGAUUCUAUAUAUUUUAAAUAACAGGUUUUUAACUUUUAAGUAAGUGUUUGUUAUUGUUGAUAAACUAUUUUGGUGUGUAAGAUCUUAUAAAAGUGCAAUGCUAAAUAUGUAUAUCUAUACGGUCUUUUUUUUGUACAUUGGAUUGUAAACACCAAGUUAUUGACUAUCUGAAAUACAAUUUCUUUUACUGACCCAACUUUGUGGUCUUUGUGUUAGGAUAGGUAGUUGUUUUCAUUUUGUUAGUCCUUUUGGAACUGAUUCUAUGUCAUGUAAUAGACACUGCCAUAUGAUAUGGUCUUUGAAUCACAUAACAGCUGCUGUGUAUAUCUAUAUGAUGCACACACAAGCGAUAUUAUGUAUGUGUUACCCCUAUGUGUGCGUGUGUGUGUGUGUGUGUGUGUGCGUGCGUGUGUGUGUGUGUGUGUGUGUGUGUGUGUGUGUGUGUGUGUGUGUGUGUGUGUGUGUGUGUACAACACACACGCCCACAGAUAUGAAUAUAUAAAAACACACAUAAAGGUAAACAAAAUAACUGCAUGCAUACUUUUAGCAAAAUUUAUGUUUGACAAAUUCAAUAUAAUUUAAGUUCCAGUAAGACUGAGUGCCAUAUCAGCAAAUUGCAUUUUGCAGCUGUAUUAUGAUAUCAAGUAACAUACAUUUAUAUAUUCAUAUUAUGUAUUAUUGAUAUUGUUGAUAGAGAUUAAUACAGAUGCCUAGAAUACUAUGACACAGAUAUUGCAGUCUCACUUUAUUACUCUUGCUAUAACUUAUUUCUGUGUAAUAAUGACUGAAUGUGAAGUUUAUUGAAAGAUUUGGGUAUUCAGUGUCUUUUAAGACUUUUGUAAGCUGUUUUUAUUACUGCAUUAUGGUGCCAAGUAUUGUACAUUAAAACAGUAAUAUUGUGGGAGAAUUAAAUGCUUGUCUGCAUUACGUGGUUGUUGCUUUAUACAGACUGUAUGUGUGUGUGUGUGUGUGUGUGUGUGUGUGUGUGUGUGUGUGUGUGUGUGUGUGU